ACCCCAUAUCUGGUUGGCUGUAAUAUCCGGCUCGAUUUUCAGCUUCUCAAGAGAAGAGUUGGUACCCACAGGAGCCAGACGCAGGAGGAGCGCGCGAGGGGCGAGCGAGGGCUCCUGAGGACUUGUUCCCGGACUGCAGGACCGCGCCAAGAACUGGGAGCUCAGAUCACUCUAUGUUAAUGAGCAAGCAAUUGCAUACCACCAAGAUGUAGAAGAGUGCAGACUAUUUCAGGCUUUAUACCCUCUCUGGGAAGAACACACAGGAUGUGAAAAUUGAAUGGCCUGAGUCAUGCUGAACCAUGCUACCCUUGAGGCAAUGAACAAAGAACUCAUCAUUUGCUUAAAGAGGUGAAAACAAAUGAGGAAAAUACAGGGAUGAAGGGAAGAAAAAAUUUCAACAAAAUCUGAUGUAUCAGGCCAACUUCUGGAAGGACACAAAUGACCUAGUCAAGGGGUAAUUGAAGAGAGUUUAAUAGAGGGACUGUUUCUAAGAGCAUAAGCAGAGCAAAGGGAACCAAUGAGAAAGGAGGAAGUACCCAGAGAGUGCCAACAGCAAUGGCCCGGUAGUUUUUAUAACUCCCAAUAGCCUGAGGAGACAAGCAAUGAGUGGACACCAGAAUGUGGCAAAGACCAGAGCCAUUGGGUGGAGACAAUGAAAGGAGCUGUGACUCAAGAUAGAGGAACAGAGGCACUGGGAUACUGUGGCUCACCAGGGUGGAAACUAGGAGAACACAUGCCUGACUUCCGGUCUCCUGCUGGUGCCUCCCACUGGUUGAAUUCCAUCAGAAACUGGAGGACAACGGAGCUUGUCAGUGUCAGAUAAAAAUAGAAGGUUAAUAGAGUUUAUGUUAAUUCUAUAAUGUGACAUAAUUUCAGACCUUGAUAGUAUGAGGUGAAUAGAGGACACAAAGAACUUUUUGAGAAAGUCCUUAAUACGUGUAAACGUUGGAUCCUCUGUCCUUGCUGAAAUGGAAGCCACACUCCUCCCAGCCUUGCACUCACAUUGGGACAAGUUGAAACAAUGUAACCCAUGGGCAGCCCAGACUAUCUGCUGUGACCAUAUGUUGCUUUCUCCUCUUCCUUUGCAAGUUUCCAUCUGGGAUCCACAUGAGAUCUGAAACCAAGGGCAUUUGGAUGUGAUGUGUACCCCACCCUUCCAUGCCCAACCACACUCUGGUCCUUCUGGACACUGAAGGCCUGGAUGAUGUGGAAAAGUGUCUGGCCUCCAAAGGAAAUCCGGAAAGCCCCACAACAUUGGACGGUUGAAAUAUAAGUCCAGCGAUCCAGUGAGACACGGAGAAGUAACUGCUCCACAGAAACUGAGGAGAAAAACAGACAUAGGAACACUCUGAACAUGGCCCCAGAGGUCCACAUGCCAGGCCCAGUGUGCCUCAUCGAGAACACUAAAGGGCAACUAGUGGCUAAUCCGGAAGCUUUGAAGAUCCUGUCUGCCAUUACACAGCCUGUUGUGGUGGUGGCUAUCGUGGGCCUCUACCGCACAGGCAAAUCCUACCUGAUGAACAAGCUGGCCGGGAAGAGAAAGGGCUUCUCUCUGGGCUCCACAGUGCAGUCUCACACCAAAGGAAUCUGGAUGUGGUGUGUGCCUCAUCCCAAGAAGCCAAACCAUGUCUUAGUUCUGCUUGACACUGAGGGUCUGGGAGAUGUAGAGAAGGGUGACAACCAGAAUGACUCCUGGAUCUUUGCCCUGGCAGUCCUCCUGAGCAGCACCUUCGUGUACAACAGCAUGGGAACCAUCAACCAGCAGGUCAUGGACCAACUGCACUACGUGACAGAGCUGACAGAUCGAAUCAGGGCAAAAUCCUCAUCUGAUAAUAAUGUGGGUGAGGAUUCAGGUGACUUUGUGAGCUUCUUUCCAGACUUUGUGUGGACGCUGAGAGAUUUCUCCCUAGACUUGGAAGCAGAUGGAGAACCCAUCACAGCAGACGAGUACCUGGAGAAUUCACUCAAGCUUAAGCAAGGUACCAGUCAAAAAGAUAAAAAUUUUAAUCUGCCCCGACUCUGUAUCCGGAAGUUCUUCCCAAAGAAGAAAUGCUUUAUCUUUGAUCGGCCCACUCACCGGAAGAAGCUAGGCCAGCUUGAGACACUGCAUGAUGAUGAGCUGGACUCCGAAUUUGUGCAACAAGCUGCAGCCUUCUGUUCCUACAUCUUCAGCAAUUCCAAAACAAAAACUCUUUCAGGAGGCAUCAAGGUCAACGGAUCUCGUCUAGAGAAGCUGGUGCUGACCUAUCUCGAUGCCAUCAGCAGUGGGGAUCUGCCCUGCAUGGAGAACGCAGUCCUGGCCUUGGCCCAGAUUGAGAAUGCAGCUGCAGUGCAAAAGGCCAUUGCCCACUACGAUCAGCAGAUGACCCAGAAGGUGAAGCUGCCCACGGAAACCCUCCAGGAGCUGCUGGACCUGCACAGGGCCAGUGAGAAAGAGGCCAUUGAAAUCUUCAUCAAGAGUUCUUUCAAAGAUGAAGACCAUUUAUUUCAAAAGGAAUUGGCGAACCAGCUAGAAAAAAAGCGGGAUGACUUCUGUAAACAGAACAUGAAAGCAUCAUCAGAUCGUUGCUCAGCUUUACUUAGGGAUCUUUUCAGUCCUCUAGAAGAGGACGUGAAGCAGGGGAUUUAUUCCAAACCAGGAGGGUAUCGUCUCCUCAUCCAGAAGACACAAGAGCUGAAGGAAAAGUACCUUCAGGAACCCAGGAAGGGAAUACAGGCUGAAGAGACUCUUCAGACAUACUUGAGGUCCAAGGAGUCUAUUAUUGAUGCAAUUCUACAGACAGACCAGACUCUCACAGAAAAGGAAAAGGAGAUUGAAGUGGAACGUGUGAAAGCUGAAUCUGCACAGGCUGCGGCAAAAAUGUUGGAGGAAAUGCAAAAGAAGAAUCAGCAGAUGAUGGAACAGAAAGAAAAGAGUUAUCAGGAACACGUGAAACAAUUGACUGAGAAGAUGGAGAGAGAUAGGGCCCAGCUGCUGGCAGAGCAGGAGAGGACUCUCGCUCUUAAACUUGAGGAACAGGCCCGACUACUAAAGGAAGGAUUCCAAAAUGAGAGCAGACAACUUCAUAAUGAGAUACAGAAUCUCCAGAAGAGGAUGGCACAACCAAGGAGAUGUGUCAUAAGCUAAAGACCUAAAGAAUGGAGCUCUCCUGGUCACUCUUACCCAAGGCAUAACUCAAACUUGUAGAAUUUGGAAAAAUGUCACUACACUUAAUAUUAGGUCUUGAAUUUUUAUAACACAAAAAACUUGCAAAGACAUGUGGUGCUAUAAUUGAAGUCAUGUCCACCUUCUAACAAUAUUGUUAAUUGUGUUACAAGGAUUUUACCUCUGUACCAACAUAGGAGCUAUCAUGAGCUGAUUCCUCUCAGGAGAAGCUUAUUCUUCCAGAUGACCACUGGUAGACAAAUGGAUAAAGAACAAAGCCUUAGGUAAAAGUCUUGGAACAUAGUUGAGCAUCAGUUUGGUCAAGUGUACAAUGGAGUCCAAUGUCAGGAAGAACCAUCCUAGCUUCUGCUUAGUGAAGAUGCUGUAUAAUUUUCCAUUGUACCAAGACUGUACAGUCUGAGCAGUGAUGUGAUUCCUGAGCACUGGGAAUGGAUAAUCUGCACUGAUGGGUUCCAAGCUAAAGCCAAUCAUCUUAUAUAGCGAUCUAGAAUCUCUACAGAAUUUCCAUAGGAAGAUGGAAGAAACCAUUAGCAUGAGUAGGAGUUGGGUCAUAAACAAAUGGGCUAUAUAAGGAAACUUUCCCUCUUUGCUAAAUUCACCAGAUUAUAACUUUAAUGGGAUACUUUAGAACUUUAAAUAAUUGACACUGGACUAAACAUUGUAACACGAUAAUUACGCGUUUUGUAUUUGUAGUAAUGUAUAAUUCACAAAGAUUGACUUUGAAUGAUGACGGAUAAUGCGUUAGGAAACUGAACUACUUAAUUAUUAGAUUGUUUAUAAUCCUAAAGCUUAGGCCGUCUUUCCCAGUUCUCAACAGUCGUACUUGAAAGCUUACCGAUUUUCCCCAGAGAAUAUGGAUCUUUUCGACUAUUUUUUUGACGAAUAAAAUAAUGCUCUUGGUACUACACAGCAUAUGUAGACUUCAUCCUAGUUGCCAAAAGUCCUGGGUAAAUCGUUGGUGUUUCUUAAAGCAAUUAAGAAUUGUUUACUUAAUAAUAAAUUAAAAUAUGGAAAUAAAA